AUGGAAACAGCAGACACACAGCCUGGAGGGUCUGAGGAGUCCAUGAUGAGGUCUGAGGAGUCCAUGAUGAGGUCUGAGGAGUCCAUGAUGAGGUCUGAGGAGUCCAGGAUGAGGUCUGAGGAGUCCAUGAUGAGGUCUGAGGAGUCCAGGAUGAGGUCUGGGGGUCCUGUAGGCUCCUGGGAGUCUGAGCUGACAUCUCGCCAGCGCUCCCUGAAGUUUGUGUUGGCGCUGAAGGAGGAGUUUGUCUGUCCUGUCUGCGGAGGAGUGGUCCUCAACCCCCAGCAGAACUCCUGUGGACACAUCUACUGCUACCACUGUCUCCAGGGACUGCUGUAGGACCCGGUCCACCUUAAAACACUCUCCCACCUGAGAAUGACGCACACAUCACAUGACACAUUUUUCAUCAGUUUGUAUUUGGAAAGAAAAAAACUCACCUUUGGUCCACCUCCAUCAGUCCACUCCACACUGAUUCAGUCCACCUUAAAACCAACUCUCAUGGCUGCAGACCACCUUUAACACCAGUCUGUUCUGUCACGCAGGGAGAGCUCUUCACCCUCCAGCCCAGUUUGUCCAGUAGAUGGCGCCGUGAUCACUCCUGCUGAGGUCAGAAACAGCUUCAAAUGACAUGUUAGCUUAGCGUGGCGCCGAUGUCACGAGUUCAGACAGUAUUCGGGUAAAGACGAAAAAGUGAAGCGCACUUUUGGUGACUCACAGGCGUAAUCUCUAGUGUCCAGGAGGGGGCGCCUCCUCCUCGGCUGAUUAAUUGUUGUUGUCAUGUAGCUCCGCCCCCUUUAUAUGAACACAGUCACUCCUGAGAAAAAGACGUCAGGAUCUCAAACUCAGACGUGUCUCAAAGUUUUUCUUCCUGCAGGUUUUCCAGGACAACUGCUGCAGACGAGAAAUCUCCUGUUUGGAAGUUUACUGCACCAAUUUCCCAGCAUGCACCUCUGUGGUCACACUGCAGCACCUGCAGGUACUUAUUCAUCCAUCAAUCCAUGUGUGUGUAGUGUGUUGAUGCCAUUGGCAGUGGCGUGAAGAGAUGAUGGUACCUGACUCUGUUUCAGAGUUUAAAGUCACUCCUCAGGUUCUUCAUUCCUCUGAAAAUCACCAAGUGAACCUUUAAAAACCAUCAGCGGAGACUUCAAAUAAAAGGGCGCGGUGAGCUGCUGGGUUCUGGUCCCAGAGCACAGCCUCCUGUAUGUCAAUGAAGGACCUGGUCUUCAAUAUUAACGAGACUGUCUUCAGGGACAAAGGUCUGAAAGGACUUCCACUUGAGCAGGGACUUUCAAGGGCUAGAUCAAGUACCCCAGACCUACAUUCAGACCCUGGUUCCUGCCAUAAGAAUACAAAGAGUUCCUCCAAAGGUUCUUGCUCCUGGGGAAAGUUGCUGCAGCAGAAAAGCACCUAAUUUUAACACCGAUUGUUCUGUCAUAACGCCCCCUGGUGGAUGUUUCCUCCUCUGCAGGAACACCUCAGCUCGUGUCAGUACGAGCAGCUGCAGUGCACCAAUCCAGGCUGCAGGGCGGCGCCACAGAGGAGACACCUGCAGGAACACCUGACCAGCACCUGUCCUCACCGCACAGAGCCCUGCCCACACUGCCAGCAGCCAAUCAGACUCAACCUCAUUCAGGUAAGGCCCUCCCCUGACUCUCAGCUGAGCUCCUCAGUCAACAGCAGACCUCCAGGCCCAGAUGUCAGCAGGGUCCAGGUCGGUCCGAAUGAACAACAAUAAACUGCAGUUCCUUGAGUGUCCUCUAGGGUCAGGGUUCCUCAGGAGCCCCAUGUUGAAACUUUACAGCAGAAGUGAACCGGUUUGUUCCAGUUCUGGUCGGUGUCGGUGAGUUUAUGGAGCAGCACUCACCUGCUCAUUCAGGAUUACAGGUGAGCAUGACUCGGCAUAAUCUGGGCCACGACUGAGUCGACUGACAGGUGUUAGAGCUUCUUCUCAAACUGAUCCAGAGCUGGUUGGAGACAGUCUUUGAGAGGCCCAGGUCCAGGUUUUUGACGGUCUGUGGUUUUCCCUGAAAAGCUGGUUUUGGUGUGAACAUGAAGAACCCGGUCUAGACGUCAUUCUUGGUGAAAGCAGAAGUAAAUUGAGGAAAUGAAAGUGAACCUGUGUCAGAGAGCGUCCUCUAAACCUGCCGCCCAUGUCCUCUUCCUGUCAUCCUGCAGGAUCACCUGCAGACUUCCUGUCUUCAGGUGGAGGUGGGCUGUCCUCACAGCUGCUCCCAGAAGGUUCCUAGACACAAGGUGAGCUCAUCUCUGUGAACAGAUCAUGAAAAUAUAGAAUCUGCACACGUGGGACCAAGCUUUGGGAUGGGAAGUGUUGAAUUGGCCAAUCAGAAGUCAGCAGGCUUUAGUGUCGGUACAAAGAGCAAAAUCAGGAGGAACUCAGUCCUCCAUGAAGACCUCCAGCUCUGGUCUGAUAAUCAGAGUUCUCAAACUCCGAUUAAAGUCGGACUAAGGUGUUUACAUGACCUUCAGCUGUCCGGUCUUAAUCGGAAUAAGGCGAUAAUUCGGUUUUCUCGAGUGUCAUGGAAACGGACUGACUGAGACACUAACCCGACAGACGCUGCGUCACUAAAGACCGACAGAGUUUAGAUCAGAAACGACGGCUCUGACCUCCGUCCAACAAACAAACAAACUUUGAGAGUUUUCUUCUCCUCUUGAGGACAGAGCUACGGUGGCCCUGCAGGUCAACUCAGCGAUCGUUCAGGAAAGACUUCACCUCAUGAAACACAAACAGUUCAUUCAACAUCUGAGAGACUAUUAACAGCGAAGCUGAGACUCUGUAUAGACAACAGGAAACCCUUCGUCCUCAAGAACCAGAGGUCGUGAAUCUAUGAAUCGAGGCUUUAAUGUCCUUCAGGCUGUUUUUCCUGGAGGAGGCGGGGACACAAAGAUCCGUAACUGUCCGUCAACAAAGUCCAAUAAGGACUGAUGUUUGCUGACUGGGCGGUUCUGAGAAUCAGACGUCCAGCAGCUGGGGUGUGCAUGACCCCACAGAUCCAAUAAAACCACCAACAGUGUCUGAGUCUGUGUUCUUUCAGCUGGCGGAGCACCGAGAGUCGUGUCCAGAGGUUCACGUCGACUGUUCCUACAGGAGGUUCGGCUGCCUGGUCCAGGUGAGUUCACCUGAAGACUGAUCGGUCCAUGUUCUGGUCUUAUCCUGUUGGCUGAUGGGAAGUUUUCAUCCUGCAGGAUAAGAGGGAGAAGGUAAAGCUGCAUGAAGACACGGCAGUCAACCAUCACAUGCUGCUGGUCCUGAGGAGUAACACACACCUGGAGCAACAGGUGACCACACCUGAGGAGAUCAGAUCAUCCUCAGAGAUGUGUCUGAAAUACGAAGAGAAAUUAAAUAUAUAUUUAGACUCAAAUUGUUCAACUUCAGUGUUUUACGAACUUCUUACAUAAUCCGGUCUAAAGCUGUGGUUGGGGGCGGGGCUAAUGUGCGAAUAUGGGCCAAUGAAAACAGGAAGGUGUGCUCUGUUCUUUUUAAAUGAAGCUGCAUAGAAAUAAAGAAUAAAGUAGAUUUGCGUUUCUCUAGUUUUACAAACUGUCACAUCGAGUCAUUUUCAGGUUUUACACUAAACCGUAUUUUGUAAUAAUACUCACCUGCCACUAGGUGGCAGCAGCUGUUUCACAAAAACUCAUUUUUACUGAAAACAAACGACCAUCUUCUGAUCGUUACCGCUGAACGUUGAUCGUUACUCGAACAUCGUUUUUCUGUUUCCUUUGACGUAUUCGGACCUCGGUCAUCUGCAGACUCUGACCUUUCUGGACCGACCCAGACAAGAAGACCGGUCCAGUCUUACUUUAGGUUUUCGUAUUUUAGAUCAGAUUCACACUGACGUCCGACUCCAGGACUUUCCUUCAAGUAUUGUCACUUUGCACAGGUGGAGGUCCUCCAAGAGGAGGCGCUGUUGAGGCAGCAGGAGGUCCAGGCCAACAGUUUACUGCUGACCGGUUUGCAGAAGAAAAUCCAGCCGCUGCUGCAGCAGAGCAGCGGCCAUGAACACGUCGUCUCUGCAGCUCAGGUGAGCAGGAGGACUGACUCACUUUUGGAGACAGCCUCAAGUGGACAUUAGAGGAACUGCAGUUUUUAAAUCCUAAACCUGAACCCCCCCAUAAGUUCUCCUCUCUGUCUUUGGUCGGUCUUUGUGGUCAGAGGACUCUGAGCAGGCAGGAGGACAUCCUGUCCACGCUGCAGCUGGACGUCCAGCAGGUGUCUCGUGGACUCUGUUCGGGUCGAGAGGAGCUGGAGCAGCUCAGGAAGUCUCUGGACGCCGUGAUCCAGGAGGUCUCAGCAGCUGAGGCGCUCAAGGAACAUCUGGGUAAGACCAAGUCAAACUCUCAGCAGCGCGUACUCGCCGAGGAUCGUCACGUAGAUGGUCAUAGAGGUCAUAGAGGUCAUAGAGGUCAUAGAGGUCAAAGUUAGUCAGAUCUGUGAUGUUGAGACCCUCAGGCCCAUGAUGUUGUCUUAUCAGAUGAUUUCCUGAACGUUAACCAUGUUAGAAAGAAAAGGUCGUUUCUCCGGAGGCGAAGAUGUGAGUGAAGUUUUCCAAAAACCUCAGAGUACCUGAGCGUGACCCUGUCCUGACUGUCUUCAACGGUUUGAUCCAGUAAUGGAGAAGAACUAAUCAGUGAGGAACCAUUCAGGUCGAGAUGUUUCUGUCGCUCCUUGAGGAGGUUCAAAGUGAGACGGUUUCAGGCCAGUCUAGAAGGUCCGAUGAUGUGGUCCACCAUCUUCACACGUUUGAAGAGAUGCUGACUUUACUUUCUUUCUUUCUCAGAGACUUUGGAGGAGAAACUGAAACUUCACUCGAGUCUCUCGGAGCUCCACGCCGCUCAGCUCCACCACAACGAGCAGCACCUGCAGGAGCUGGAGGCCACGUCCUACGACGGAAAACUGAUCUGGAAGAUCGACGACUUCAGGAAGAGGAGAGAAGCCGAGGCCAAAGGACAACCCCCCUGCCUGACCAGCGUGCCCUUCCUCACUGGACGCUGUGGCUACAAAAUGGCUGCCAGGGUUUACCUGAACGGGGACGGGGAGGGGCGAGGAACUCACCUGUCCCUGUACGUGGUCCUGAUGCAGGGGGACUUUGAUGCUCUGCUGCCUUGGCCUUUCAGACAGACUGUAUCUCUGUCUCUGCUGGAUCAGAGUGGAGCCAGGAACCACCGCAGUCUCAGCUUCAGACCUGACCCCUCCUCCAAAAGCUUCCAGCGUCCCGCCGCCGAAUCUGUGAACGUGGCGACCGGAUUUUCCUGCUUCAUCCCCCUCGCCAGGCUGGAGGAUCCCCAAAACGCUUCGUAUGUCGACAGUGACACGCUGUUCGUCAAAGUCUGGGUGGACAUGGUGGGUUUAGAGCCGCUCUGA